UAUGGUGACUACGAUCCCUCUGUGCACAAGCGGGGAUUUUUGGCCCAAGAGGAACUGCUUCCGAAGAGGGUCGUAAAUCUGUAUCAGAUGACUCCAGAAAUGUGGGAGGAGAGAAUUACUGCUUGGUACGCAGAGCACCGGGGCCGGGCCAGGGAUGAAGCCGAAAUGGAGUAUUUGAAGAUAGCUCAGGACCUGGAGAUGUACGGUGUGAACUACUUUGCAAUCCGGAAUAAAAAGGGCACAGAGCUGCUGCUUGGAGUGGAUGCUCUGGGGCUUCACAUCUAUGACCCCGAGAACAGGCUGACCCCCAAGAUCUCCUUUCCGUGGAACGAAAUCCGAAACAUCUCCUACAGCGACAAGGAGUUUACCAUUAAACCACUGGAUAAGAAAAUUGAUGUCUUCAAAUUUAACUCCUCAAAACUCCGUGUCAAUAAACUGAUUCUCCAGCUGUGCAUCGGGAACCAUGACCUGUUUAUGAGGAGAAGGAAGGCUGAUUCUUUGGAAGUUCAGCAGAUGAAAGCCCAGGCCAGGGAGGAGAAGGCCAGAAAGCAGAUGGAGCGGCAGCGCCUAGCUCGAGAGAAGCAAAUGCGAGAGGAGGCCGAGCGCACAAGGGACGAGCUGGAGAGGAGGCUGCUGCAGAUGAAAGAAGAGGCGACCAUGGCCAACGAAGCACUGAUGAGGUCCGAGGAGACAGCUGACCUGUUGGCCGAGAAGGCCCAGAUCACAGAGGAAGAGGCCAAGCUCCUGGCCCAGAAGGCUGCAGAGGCAGAGCAGGAGAUGCAGCGGAUCAAGGCCACGGCCAUUCGGACAGAGGAGGAGAAGCGCCUGAUGGAGCAGAAGGUGCUAGAGGCUGAGGUGCUGGCACUGAAGAUGGCGGAGGAGUCAGAGAGGAGGGCUAAGGAGGCCGAUCAGCUGAAGCAGGACCUGCAGGAAGCUCGUGAGGCAGAACGAAGAGCCAAGCAGAAGCUCCUGGAAAUUGCCACCAAGCCUACAUACCCGCCCAUGAACCCAAUCCCAGCACCACUGCCUCCUGACAUACCAAGCUUCAACCUCACUGGCGACAGUCUCUCUUUCGACUUCAAGGAUACUGACAUGAAGCGGCUUUCCAUGGAGAUAGAAAAAGAAAAAGUGGAGUACAUGGAGAAGAGCAAGCACCUUCAGGAGCAGCUCAACGAGCUCAAGACAGAAAUUGAGGCCUUGAAACUCAAAGAGAGGGAGACGGCAUUGGACAUUCUGCACAAUGAGAGCUCGGACAGGGGCGGCACCGGCAGCAAGCACAACACCAUUAAAAAGCCUCAAGCCCAAGGCAGAAGACCUAUCUGCAUUUGAGCCCUCAAAGUAGGUUAUUCCCAGCUCACUUUGCAGAGUGCCAAGUCCCGAGUGGCCUUCUUUGAAGAGCUCUAGCAGGUGACCCAGCCACCCCAGGAUCUGCCACUUCUGCUCCCAGCACCAGCAGGAUGGGCCUGACACCGUGGGAACCAUCCACAGGGGUGGCUUGGGGGCUCCUGAGGUUGCUGUGCAACGUUCUCCAGCUAAGUGGGGAGUCCCAGCCCCUUUAUGUGCAAUUGCCUUUGAACUAUGACCCUGUAGAGAUUUCUCUCAUGGCGUUCUGGUUCUUCUGACCUGCAUUUGUAAUUUUUUUGAGAAGUGUUUAUCUUUGUCUAUGUGAGAUCCCAUAAUUCCUGCGUCCCAGGUACCCUGGGAUGUGAGAGUUACUGCCCACUGCUGAGCUCCACACCUGGAGGGAGUACAGUACAGAGGCUCCUGGAGCUACCAAGACUGGUGCCACAUCCCCUAUCCCACUAGGGGUUGGGAGUCCCUCCCCUGCACAGUGAGGACCUGGGACAUAGCGGAGAAGCACAGGCUGGCUGAGCCCAGGUCCCUGCCUGCCUGCUGCACGUCUGGCAGGGUGAUGGGUCCUGAGGCCCUGUUGUAGCUGCCAGCUGAUCGGGAAUAGGCAGGGCAGCUGCAGCUGGGGAGAAAUUUGAGUCAGAAGCUGUGGUGGAGGGCUGCUGGCCAGCUGGGUGAGGUGGCAGGUAGAGCCGUGCAGGGAUCCAAUGACACAGAGUGUAUGCUGCCCUCCACCAGCUACCCCUGCCCAGAUCUGAGAGGCAAGUGGGAACCACAUGUGUCUUUCCAUCCCUGUUCAGCCUUAACCUCCUGCUGUGGGAUGCUCGGGAGCUCCCGGGUCAUUUCUCAUCAGUGCCUGGAGAAUCAGCCAUGAUGGAGGCUCCAUCGGCUCUUGCUGGCCCUGUCAACACCGAGCAACAGAACCCUGGUCCAUUGCUGGUCUGACUCCGCCCUCCAGCCACAUACCAGCAACCCUGUGCCUGGGCCUCAUGUGGCCUUUGCCUUUGUCCCCUCCUUCACCCCAGGGCCUUUUACUUUACAGCCCCCAGUAGGGUUCCUUUUAUCCUUUCCAGCCCAAGACCGAUGCAGGUAUCCAGUCAGCAGUCACAGCCUGACAAGCUUGGCCUCCAUGCCAUCCCCCCACCCUGGCUCAUUCCACAGUCUGAGGCCACCUUCUGGCCCUUUCUUUUCUCCAUAGCUGGAGUUCUGGCCAGCCGGGGCCCUUCAGGUCCUAACACUUGGGUUGUGAAGCAGAGAAGGUGAUACAUCUUAAUCAGCAAAAAGACACAUGUAAACUGAAGAUGAAUGGGCCUGGUGACCAGAUAAACAGAGGCGGUGGGUCUCCAGUGGUUUUGGUUUUGAAAAACUUAGAUGCUCGUGAGAUCCUGCCUUGUUUUCACUGACAGCAUCCUGGGCUGGCUCCCCACUUCUUAGGCCACUUUGUCCCUUUGAAGCCAUCCCUGUGUGUCACCCCAGUGCCUUUGGGCAUGACUCUAGUCUAGAACCUGAGUGAGUGUCUAAAAGAGAAAGACCUCAGGAGCUGAAGCCUCAGGCCUCUGCCGGGUCAGUUCUUGUGUGUGGCUCUGUCUGCUCAGGCCUAAAGCCCGGGCUGAGUUUCUGCCAGGACUUCCUUCCCUCCUAUCUAUAAAUUUAAUUCUUAACGGUGGCUGUGGGGCACCGGAGCAAGAUGGAGGUUUAUAAAAAUGAUGUCGGGUUUUGUUUUUUAAUUUAACUGCUGUGUACAUCUCUGAAGUCUGAGAGAUGUUUCUGACCCGUGGUGGGACACCUGAGGCAGACCCCAGAGGGAGGCCGCAAAAACCCCUCAGGUAGGAGCACUGCAGCUCUUCCUUGAGGGAAAGAAUCAGGGUCCCUUGAGGGGCCCCAGCCCCAGUAGGAGGAGGAAGAGCUGAGGUGGCUCUUCUCUCUGGUGAAUGUUUCUAGUGAAUGUUUUAAAAUGGUGGAGCUUGUCACAGAAAGAAGUCUCUGGAGUCCAGGGGAGCAGGGCCCUGGUCAUGGGUACUUCCGGUGGCCCUUGAAUAGAGGCACCACAAUUCUGAACCUGGCCACGAAGUCACCGUCCAGCUCAGGACACUGAGUCUGUGCUGUUGACCUGUAGCCAGUCGUACAUCCUGAGUGGCCCCUCAGCCACAGCAGCGCUCUGACCCAUGGUCACGGCUCAGUUAUUCAUGGGCCUGCCCGGCCAUGCAGACAGCACUCCCUGGCAUUAUAUAACACUUCCCGACUGACUAGGUUUUGUCAUCUUGGGGACAGAUUUUGCUCUCUUCCUCUCUUUUUCAAAAGUCCAGAGGCUGACAGCCAGCAAUGGUGACUAGAUGCUCCUCGCUGACAGAGCCUCGCAGCCUUGGGGGAUUCAGCCGCUCCCAGUUGCCCUGAAGCCAAGCUGAGCCUAUGGGCUUCCAGGGAUGUCCAUGGGUUUUCAAAGAUGUCAAGGGGACACUUCUUCCUGUGGGGCCUGUCACGCCCAGGGCACGGAAGACUCUGUUCCCUGCUCUGGGGAAUUGUGAUUUAAGUGAUUGUUUUAAUAAAAAUUCUAAGCCGUCAUAUGUCAUGGGUUCUGGCUGAAACCAUGGCGGGGGAGGCACAUGUGUGGUUCUGUGAGGAGGGGCUGCCGUCGUCCUCACGACUGUGCAGACUUCACCUCUGGCCCUUGUCUCUGGGGAGAAGAGGGUCACCGCUCCUGUGCAGCCCUCUGACACCUUUGCCAUGGCUGACACCAGAUCGUGGAGAGGCCCUGCAUGGGUACAGCAUCUCCAUUUCCUCUGAGACCCCUGCUGGUCCCUAAGUCCUGACCUGAGAACGAGGGCACUGGGCUCCUAGGGUUUCCCAUUCUGGGCUCUGGGAAGCAGGGGACAUGCAGAUCCACCAGGACCCAUGUGCUUUCUGUGGGGCAGAUGACACUCAUCUAUCACAUAACAAUAUUUAUACUCAAGCU